CGGAGGCAGAGCCGGUGUCCUUCUGAUGAUUCAGCGUAUGGUUCCGGGGAUGGCGAGGACGAUGUCAACAUCCAAUUUGCCCAGUACCGUCGAGCAGAUGGCAGUACCCGCAUAAUGAAGCAUACUGGAAUUUGUGCAUCAGAUGCCAGUGGCCACUCCAACGCCGCUGGAGACCUUCCAAAGCCUUGCGCAUACUGGUCUGAUGGAGUGGAUGGCGAUACUCGUGCGACAACGAUAGCGAAAGCGAGCGCGAACGUUCGGUUCAAGAACUAUACGCCGGAGCAUAUGGCGUCUCGGGGCGAGCCACGUCAAAAGCCGGAGUAAGUCUCUUUCGUGUCACUCGAUGUGAUGUAUUGAUAUGCUGACCGUAGGAUAGACAAGCUUCAGACGCGCAGAAGGCGUGGCAGAUUGUUGCAGCGCAUGAGCAGGAAAUUCGUCGCUUGAUGGAGGUAGCUAGUGACCUUGAGUACCGCUUGCGGCUUGUCGAACGCCAAGACCGAUCAAGCUGAUCACUGUGACAGUCCGCCAGUGUCGCCGAAGGAGUAGCGUACUCAUCUGUCUUCUGGAGGCUGCUGUAUAUUAUCAAUUCUGAAUGCGAUUGACGAGUCGACUGCGUUCAAUGUCCACUAUCGAUCGAAUUUCCGAUCACUCCUGCUUCUUAUCAGAUUGCUGCCACAAAUCUCUGUGCACGACCAGAUCUUGCUCCCAGCCGUUUACUUCAAUCAUCGCGGUCACUGGGUUGAUCCCGGUAGGGCGUGCGGUCAAUGAACUCUGCG